CAAAUAUUUGUGAUAAACACAAAUAAAUGCCCAUACCAGGAUUCGAAGCCUGGACCUCGGCAGCUUCGUAGGCUGAGUCACUACCGACAGUACAGACUACCUGAGAUAGAAGUAGCUUGGCUAAGAGGCGAUAUGGCAACCCUAGGCGCGACCGGAUAAGUCCUACUCUUUAGUUAGUAUACUUAAUUGAUAUUCGAAUAAAGUAUAAUAUUACCGCAAAAUACUGAUUGUAUCAUGAUGGUUAUGAUGGUAUGUAACUACAUAUAAUAUUAUUGGUUAAGAAUUAUGCUAUAUUGUGGUUUCUGGGGCGUAGGUAAAUUACUAAGUACAUGGUGUUCAGUGAUCAAAGAGCAUUUUCAACUGACUUCAAAAAAGGAGGCUUUCUUUUUGUUGGAUAUUUCUGUUUGAUAGAGAAGAUAUAUACAUUUCAGUUAAGUAGUCCAAUUAUCAUCAAGCCAAUCAAGAUCUAAUGACAAACCCCGGAAGAAACUGAAAGAACUCUUUAAAUUAUAUUGGCAUAGGUAGCUGUAGCGAUUUCAGUAGUUUUUAAAGUACCUAACACGAUUGUAACAUGAUAGUAAAACUAUACGUAUAAGUCUUAUUUAUUUCUUCAAUGUUCUCCAAAAUGUUUGUAUAUUUUAUUUUGAUAUCGUUUAGGGGAACUUGGACAUCGCAAUCAAAAUUCUUAAAGCAAAAAAUCAGGUACCUAUGUUGUAGAUACACAAAAAAUCUACUCGACAAUACAAUUAUGUUUCUCUUAAGCUUGUCACAGAAGAUUUAUUGUACAGUGCAGUGAUUGGCACGAGAGGCUACGCGUAACUACGGGUAGAGAUGGCGCACAAACUAUUUCCGCGCACCAUAGAAAAAAACCUGGAAUGCUCUGAAGAAGGUCUGAAGGAAGACGUGGACGCCAUCAUGGAUUGGUUCCAGAAACAACCGCAUUUGGUGGAUGCUGGAAUAGAUCCGGAUGUUGUAAGAACUUUUCUGUUAGUGGCUAAAGGCUCUCGAGAGAAAGCGAAACGUAGAAUUGACAAUUUCUACAAAUAUAGAGGAUUGGCACCGGAGUUGAUUCAGAGCAGGAUUCAAGCCUUGUCUAGCAACCAGGAUCUUUGGGUUACCCAUCGAUAUGCAGCAAUAUUGAAACUGUAUGAAGGGAGAAGAAUUACGAUUAUCCAACUUUACGACCCAGACCAAAGUUCUGUUUCGUCUGAACAAGUCUUCAGGAAUCUGUACAUGAUGAGCGAUUUAAGAAUAAAAUACGACUGUUUUCGAGGUGACAUUUGGGUUGUUGAUCUCAAGAAUGCUACACUCGGACAUCUCCUAAGGGUAAACCCUAUAUUGGGUCAAAAAUCAGCUCAAAUUUUCCAGGAAGGACUUGGGUUCAAAGUGAAUUCAAUCCACGUCUUAAAUUUUCCGAGCAUAGGACAACAAAUUAUAGGUUUUUUUCGAAAAUUUGUCAAAGCAAAAAUCAUGGACCGAGUUAUAAUUCAUGCUAGUAUAGAAGAAUUACACGAGUUUAUACCAAAACAAUAUCUGCCAAAAGAUUACGGAGGAGAGGACUGCAGUAUGCAAGAAUAUAAAGAUAUGUACGAGAAAGAACUACGAAGUGAGUCAACGAAACAAUUUCUACUCAAUGCGUGUAAGUAUGUAUCGAAUGAAAAGAAGAGGCCUGUUGCCGAUUAUAACUAUGAGAUUGUGUCUGGGACAUUUAAGAAACUAGACAUAGAUUAGUAUGGCACUUAUUUAUCGGCUCGGGAAUUUCAAUGUCAGAUUGACUUUCGAUUGGAUCAAUCUAAACUUAUUCUUAACUGUGUGUUUUGUGCAUUAAUUUUUUGUGUUGGUUUGUUUACAUGUAGCCAUUAAUGUCGAAAAAGGAUUGCUUGAUUAGGUAUAUUACUUGUUAUUUUCUUUGGAGGAUUUUGUUAUAUGUACCAACAUAAGCUGUUUGGUGGUGCUUAGAUAGGUUUAUCUCAUAAAAGUCGGCCUUUAGGAAAAAAACACAUUCGGGGUUUAAAAUUAUUUAGUUAUUAAAUAAGAUUUACGGUGUUUGUGGAAUAAAUUUAUUGUAUUUUUGUAAUUAAAAAGUUUCAAAUGUUAUUUUAUUUCAUUUUUUUUCUCGUCCACGUCCUUACAUGGUAUACCUAAUUCAUCAGACAAAACAUCUUAAAACUUUUACUUUAUUUAC